AUGCCUCAAGGCUCCACAAUCAGAAAAAUUGCUAUCACACCAGUGGCAUUUCACGACAUGCCACUGCUAAAUAGUGUUGGUAUUCAUGAGCCUUUCGCCUUGCGCAGCAUUAUCGAGAUCGUGACAGACGACAGCUACGGGCUCGGGGAAUCCUAUGGCGACUCGGCUCAUUUGGUACGUCUCAAAAAGGCAGCACCUAGUCUGGAGGGCAUAUCCGUAUACGAUACAAAUAUGAUCUAUAAGAUGUGUCAAAACUCUCUGGAAGGUGACGACUCAACGGAUGGAGAUGGUAUGGCGGGCAUGGUCACAACGGCAUCUGUAACCGACAAAGUCUUCUCGCCUUUUGAGGUUGCGUGUCUUGAUAUACAAGGAAAGAUCGCGGGAAUUCCUGUGAGCGAUAUUCUUGGUGGUCGUGUGAGAAGUAACGUGCAAUACUCGGCAUAUUUAUUCUACAAAUGGGCCGGUCAUCCUGGUCAACCGGAUGAUGAAUAUGGAGAAGCCUUGGAUUCGGCAGGAAUUGUUCGACAAGCAGAGAAAAUGAUUAACAGAUAUGGUUUCAAGGCCAUCAAAUUGAAAGGCGGCGUAUUUCCACCGGCACAGGAAGUUGAAGCCAUCAAGUCACUUCAUACUGCAUUUCCAGGAAUCCCUCUGCGGUUGGAUCCCAAUGCCGCAUGGACUGUUGAAACAUCCAAAUGGGUGGCUAGUCAGCUGGAAGGUAUCGUUGAGUAUCUUGAAGAUCCUGCCCCUGAAAUUGAGGGAAUGGCAGCGGUCGCAAAAGAAGCUUCCAUGCCCUUGGCAACAAAUAUGGCGGUUGUCGCUUUUUCACAUCUCCCCCUUCGGUCGCGCAAGAUGCCGUUCAGUCACUUAGGUAUCUCACUCGCUGCUAUGACUCAUUUGGCCGCUGCGACUCCAAAUCUGGACUAUGAUUGCGAUACACAUUGGCCAUGGAAACGAGAUGAAGAAGACGUCAUUAUCGAAGGUGCUCUGAAAUGGAAGGAUGGAGGUGUCGCCGUUCCAAUUGCACCCGGCCUGGGAGUCGAGCUGGACAGAGAGAAGCUCGCACGCCUUCAUCAACAGUACCUUGAGUGUGGGAUGACCAAGAGAGAUGAUACCACUUAUAUGAGAAAGUUCCGACCGGAAUUCUCCCCACAUAUACCCAGAUGGUGA